UUUUUCUAUAUUAACAGUCGAAAACCCACGUCUCUCCAAUUACUAACACACACACACUUCCAUUCUUUCUCUCUCCACUGCUGCUACUUUCUCUGUCUAAAGGGGUGUUCUGAGAUCACAUUGCAACAAUGGUGAAGGCUGUUACCGUCCUUGGCAGCAGUGAGGGUGUUAAAGGGACUAUCUUUUUCACACAAGAAGCAGAUGGUCCAACCACUGUUACUGGAAGCCUUUCUGGCUUGAAACCAGGGCUUCAUGGUUUCCAUGUCCAUGCUCUUGGAGACACAACAAAUGGAUGCAUGUCCACUGGACCACACUAUAACCCUGCUGGAAAAGAGCAUGGUGCCCCUGGGGAUGAGAAUCGCCAUGCUGGGGAUCUGGGAAAUGUCACUGUUGGUGAUGAUGGCACAGCUACUUUCACAAUUGUUGACACGCAGAUUCCUCUUAGUGGCCCAAAUUCCAUUAUAGGAAGGGCAGUCGUUGUUCAUGCAGAUCCUGAUGAUCUUGGCAAGGGGGGACAUGAACUCAGCAAGAGCACUGGAAAUGCCGGUGGCAGAAUAGCAUGUGGUAUUAUUGGUUUGCAAGGAUGAACAUUGAACUGCUUCUCCAGGAAUCCAUAAUAAAAACAAGGCAGUUGAAUAUGGGUUGGCUUGACAGGUUUUACAUGAAUGUUAUGAGACUAGAAAUCUAUUGAAUAAAAGAACCAUUAUAAGUGUACCCUGGCUGAUUUUAUUCCAUGAUAUAAGCAUACUGCACGCUUUGUUGGAUUAUAAUGUUCUUUGAAAAAGAAAAUGUGGGAUUUUGUUA